GCAGCGGUCCAGGGCUCGCGAAAAAAAUCGAAGCGAGGAGGAGGAUCUGGUAACGGUGCGCUUUGAGAAAUAUCCUACAUCCCGAGUCGCUUAUCGAAAGGCUCGGCAGGAAUUUACACUUUCUUGUUAGAGGUCACAGAGCAGGGUUGCGGUUGUCGUCAUGGCAUCUGGAAGUACGAGCAGCGAGGAGGAGCGGAGCCUGAGGGAGUGUGAGCAGUACGUGCAGAAACACAACAUUCAACAGCUGCUGAAGGACUGCAUUGUCCAGCUGUGUACCUCCAGGCCAGACAGGCCCAUGGCCUUCCUCAGGGAGUACUUUGAGAGGCUGGAGAAGGAGGAGGCCAAGCAGAUCCAGAACCAGCAGAAGGCCAGCAGUUCCCGUUCAGACUCACGCGACGAGGAGGUGUCUCCGCCAAUGAACCCUGUGGUGAAGGGCCGCCGACGGAGAGGAGCCUUCAGCGCAGAGGUUUACACAGAGGAGGAUGCAGCCUCAUAUGUCAGAAAGGUCAUUCCAAAAGACUACAAAACGAUGGCUGCCUUGGCCAAAGCUAUUGAAAAGAAUGUGCUCUUCUCACACCUGGAUGACAACGAGAGGAGUGACAUAUUUGAUGCAAUGUUUCCAGUCACCUAUAUUGCUGGGGAAACAGUCAUUCUGCAGGGUGAUGAAGGUGACAACUUCUAUGUGAUCGACCAAGGGGAGAUGGAUGUGUAUGUGAACAAUGAGUGGGUGACCAGCAUUGGGGAGGGAGGCAGCUUCGGAGAGCUGGCACUGAUCUACGGCACCCCGAGGGCGGCUACAGUCAGAGCCAAGACCAACGUUAAACUGUGGGGCAUCGACAGAGACAGCUACAGGAGAAUACUUAUGGGAAGCACUUUGAGAAAGAGGAAGAUGUACGAGGAAUUCCUCAGGAAAGUGUCCAUCUUAGAGUCUCUUGACAAAUGGGAGCGUCUGACAGUCGCCGACGCCUUGGAGCCUGUGCAGUUUGAGGACGGACAAAAGAUUGUUGUGCAGGGGGAACCUGGAGACGAGUUCUUCAUCAUCUUAGAGGGUUCUGCAGCCGUGUUGCAGCGUCGCUCAGAGAACGAGGAGUUUGUGGAAGUUGGCAGAUUAGGACCAUCAGACUACUUUGGUGAGAUCGCUCUGCUGAUGAACCGCCCCCGUGCUGCCACCGUGGUGGCCCGCGGCCCCCUGAAGUGCGUCAAGCUCGACCGGCCUCGCUUCGAGCGCGUCCUGGGCCCCUGCUCAGACAUACUCAAACGUAACAUCCAACAGUACAACAGCUUCGUGUCGCUGUCCGUCUGAGGGAGCCUCCCUCUUCAUCCUCUUCCUCUCCCCCCACACCCUUCACCUUCCUCUCUCUAUUCAGACCCAGGGUCCACCAAUGCAAUUUGCUUUUUGUCACUUUCUUUUUGUUUCUGUUGGCUUGUUUUUUUUUUUCUCCCCCCCCCUCCUCCCUUCUUUGUUUUCCACGCACAGAUCAUUUUGUUGUUACCACACGUCACGCAGAGGUGACUUUUAGCCAUUCACCAGCGCUUGUACCAGCUGCUGUACGCUACCUUGUAGGCACAGUUACAUCACAUGUUACUUACGUUAUAUAUGUAUUUGCUGGUUACGCUUUCUUUUUAAACACAGAGCAGGAGAAAGACUUUAGGGUCUCAGACCGAUGAGACAGACAAUCAGACUUUACAUGGCGCUUUUGGUGAAUUCGUUACAGAUUUCUGUUGUAGAUUGAAGUGAAGAGAAGACUGCUUACUCCCCCCGUUUCAGAGUUUCCUUUUUGACAUCAGUUAGCUUGAAUAGAUACACAGAGUAGAGCAGAACCUAGAAAACUGUAGAAGGCAGGAAGAAUCCGAACCGCAGCCGUUCUUAGGUUUCAGCUGUAAUAUGAUGCUCCCAUUUUGUUUUUCGGUUACCUUUCGAUUGGUAUGAUGAGACAAUGACGUGUCUGUUUUGCUUAGUUUGAGAGAGCUUGUACAACUUUAAGAUUUUUUUUUUUAUUGUGCAGCUACCAGGCUAGUGCCAAAUGUUGAUUAUUGUCACAACGCAAAGAUGCAUAGCCGUGGAAAUGCAGUGCGUGUUCUGUUCCCUGACUAUUCGGAGCUCCGGCGGGAGGUAGUUAUCACCCUUAUUGUCCUUUUACUCGAUAGAACGACCAUACAAGAACUGCCUUGACUACUCUGAGGAAAAAAAAAUAUAUAAAUAAAAAGAAAGGAGAAAAAAAAAAAAGAGUAUUAAGUGUAUUUCAGUAUUCAGUUUAUUUAGUAUAUACCAAAUAACUUGGUCACUCUUCUGCUAUGGUUUGUAAUCAAAAAUGUUAUCAUAGUAUAGUUAAAAUGAUCAUAGUUCUAUUAUUAUCAUUGACUAAAUGAUAAACUUAUGGUUUGGAGUGAUGGUGAUCUUUAAAAAAAAAAUAUGUUUAACUGUCUUUUGUAAACACUUAUUUUUCCAUAAAUUCUAUUUUAGGUGUCCAGUGCCACAAAGUAAAUAAAUGCUUCUUCUUGUCAACUGACAAAAACAGUAUGUAAUUGUAUUGUGUAAAAUGUCAUGGGUUUUUAAAAUAGAUCAAAAGGGUUAAUUGCAGGUUUAUUGAAGUGAAGAAAAAAAAAAAAAAGAAAAGCUGGAUGGAUUUUCAGGACAUCUGAAGUAUUUAUGUAUCAAAGCUUGACGCGGGCGAGCUGACGGGCAGAGCGAGCAGAUAUUUAUUUCAAACUAGUGUCAUUGCUUAUUGCCUAUUUGAAAAGGUGGCUGUCUUUUCAUCAGAGUAGCUUGUGACCUGUUCUCUAUGCUUACUUGGCAUGAUGUUUUAGGCAUCCAGUGAUCUGGUAUGAAUGGAAGUGUGUAUUAAAAAGCCUGCAGCUUCGUACAGAAGCAGGAACUUUUGUCAGAUAUUUGGUUUGUUACUCCCUCGCUUAACUGCUUCAUGACUAUUUAGAUGGCAUAAAAUGUUUUCUUUCUUUCUCUCUCUUUUUUUUUCUUUUUUGUUUUUUUUUCUUUCUUUUUUUUUAAAAAAAAGAUCUUUACCAAAAUCACACAAUGUUGACUUCUGGAUUAUAGGCUUAACUCUUCAUUCCUGCCUCACUUGUCUGUUACCAGAAAUGAUCAGUCAUGUUUCUGUUGUUGUCUCAUUCAGAGCACUUGUAAUGCGCUUAGAAAUGAGAUCUAUGUUUGUACGUCCCUUAAAAGACAAAAAAAGAAAAAAAAAAAAAGGUUUGAUUUUGGUGCCGAUUGCAGGGUAGUCAGGUUGGUGAGAAGACCUUUUUCUUAAUGGAUAUGAGUGUACGUUUCCUUACACUUAAACUGAUCAUCUGUUCCCCCCUAACCCUCAGGUUAUCCUUGUGGAUGUGGUGACAUGUGGAUUUGUGUCCAUUAACAACACAUCCUGUUUAUCCCGAUCCACAGGACGUGACUCCGUUAGGGGCGAGGGUUUCACCUUUGUCAAGUUUUCAUGUAAAUAGCUGCAUCAUCGGUUUUAGUCCAAAAUGUUUCUAGCCACACUGCAAUCGUCCCGGUUUGCCUUAGCUUACCUAACCUGGGCUUACAGUAGUAGUCAGUCACUCCUGCUAGCCCGACCUUCAGUGAGUUUGUUCGGCCUGCAGCGCAGAGAGCUGCGGAGCCAUCAGAGGACCAUUCUUUUUCUAUUCUACCCUGUAUUUAGUUUGACCUCCUGUAUGUGCAAAGAUGUUUAUCCUUUUGGUAUAGAUUGUUCCAGAUGGCAGUUUAAGCAAUAAAAAAGUAAAAAAUAA